AUGAACAAUUUGAGUAAAGCCAUAUUAAAUGGAGAUUUUGAUGAAUCUUCAUCAUCUAAUGAUGAUAUCAUCAUGAUGCAACUAUUCGCAGCGCAACAACAAAGAUUGCAAAUGUUAAGCCUAAACCAACAAACCAGACGUGUUGGUUCCACAAGUGGUCGUCGAUAUAUUAAUCGUGAGAGGGUCAAAGACGACAAACAAAUUUAUAGAGAUUAUUUUGCAGAUAAUCCUGUCUAUCUAGAAGAAUACUUCCGAAGACGUUUUCGAAUGAGGCAGUCAUUGUUUGUUAGUAUCUUACACGAUAUUCAACAAGUGAAUGAGUACUUCAUCCAAACCCGUGAUGCCACUGGUGCUCCUGGAUUAUCCGGUGUACAGAAGAUGACUGCAGCACUUCGAAUCCUCCAAUACGGCGUGCCUGCUGAUGUUGUAGACGAGUACAUUAGAAUCGGCGAAAGUACUGCAAUUGCUGCCUUAAAUUUUUUACCAGAUCAAUUGUUGCUACCUAUGAAGCCAUUUACUUAA